AUGGCUUUAAGAGUUUACUACCAUCCCUGCACUCACACACACACACACACACACACACACAACAGAAAGUUUGGAGGCCAUGCAGGCAAGCAGUGGGAUACCGACGGAUAGGAAGUGACGGGACUGCAUGAAUUGCAGAGAGAGAGAGAGAGAGAGAGAAAAGAAGGAGAAGACGGGAAUAUCAACACAAAGCAGAAUGAGAAGCAACGUGUGAUCAUCGGACUGUUGGCUGUAGUGCUGAGACUGAAAUGCGCAUGAUCUUAUCAACAACACCGGAGAGAGACUUUCAAUGGAAGUGAACUAGACUACCACAAGUGAAAAGCAGAGAUUUUAGUAAGUGGAUUUGUCGUCUGAAUUUCCAUGAGCGUGCUUGUAAUACUUCUAAAAAAAAAAAAAGUGCUGGCACACUGGAGACCAUAUGGGACUGCGAUCUACAAACUAUAACCCCGCUUUGAAUAUGAAGGAAAAGACUUUACGGAAAAAGCCAACAGAAUAGUUGGUGUUGGUGGUGUUUGUGGGUGGUGGAUGGGAUAUGAGCGCAGAUCUUUGGAUCUCGCUUCGAUUUUUUUCCACUGUUGUCCGGUUCAGUUUUGCGUCUUCGGGGAUGUUUGCGAGUUGCAUCUCUGCGCCUUCAGUUCGGAUACUGACCCGUCUCUGCGCCCUGGUGCUGGUAGUCGCUGUGGGACUCUGCUCGGAGCUGAGGGUCCGGGUCCGGCUCUCUGACGGACUGGUGACCGAGGAGGUGUUGGAGGCGGACAGUGAGAGAGACACGAUUUCGCUCGAGUUCAAGCAGGGAGACGGGACGCUCAUCACCUUUGUGGCGGACUUUAAACAGGAUGUGAAGAUAUUCCGAGCGCUGAUCCUGGGCGAGCUGGAAAGAGGACAGAACCAGUACCAGGCCCUGUGCUUCAUCUCUCGCCUCAACCGCAAUGAGAUCAUCCCCAGCGAGUCCAUGGCUCGUCUCAGACAGAAAAAUCCUCAGGCCAUUCGCUUGGCAGAGGAGCGGAGAGGACUGGAGCAGCUGACGAUGAGUGCUGCGGUCAAUUUAAGUCGGGCUUGGCAACUCAGCUCUCACAUCCAUAAUAUGUGCAGCGAGGCCCGAGAGGCUAUCUACACCAGGGAGGCCGAUGUCAAACACUGGCUGGACAAAGGAGUGGAUGCCUCCAUAUUCGAGGUCCUGCCCCAAACAACAGAGGCGGCCAGCUUUAAGGCCUGUCACUCCACUAAAGACUUGUGGCAGCCCUGUCUCUGCACAUACAGCCUGCGUCUGGAGUGGUACCCAUGUCUGCUGAAGUACUGCCGCAGUCGGGACACCACAGGCAAAGGCUCUAACUACAAGUGUGGCAUAAAGAGCUGCAGCAAGGGAUACCAUUUCACUUACUAUGUUCCCCAAAAACAGCUGUGUCUAUGGGACGAAGAGACCUAGCAUUUUGUUCUGGGUGGUUAGAAAAGAGAAAUACAUUUUUGCCAGCCAUGCCAAUGCUUCUCCACCCAUGCUAUUCAAAGUGAACACAGUAACACUGGACCUGGGGAAUGGUGAGAUCCAAAAUGUUCAAUGAAUUCAGGUUCCAAAUGAGGCCAAAACCUUAAAGGAAAGAGAGAUGCAGCACGUCGUUCUAAGAGGACCCACUGACUUUGAGCCUUUUUCUGGGAAAAUGACAUAUCAUUGUCAAGCUGUCACUUUUGUGCCUUUUUUUUCUUAAUUUUAUUUUAUUUUAUUUUUUUGGAGCAAUUAUCGGAGCAGUUGACAGACGCCAACAACAAUAACCUCUCAAACAAGCUACGGUAUGCACGCAGCUUGGACAGUGUAUUUCUGCUCAAUUAAACACCAGCAGAGGAACAACAGACUCCCACUCUGUUCAAAGGAGUCAUACAGACACAAUCUUCCAUUCUGGUGAAGGAAAAUUUGGAUGGUGGAUUGAGCUCUCUUAAAUAACUCUGUGAAAAACAGUUUAUAGUCAGCUGAACGCCUGUUUAGAACACGUAAGCUAGCUGACAAAGAAAAAUGCUUUUCUCUAAUGCUGGCUUUAUUUAUUUUGGUUGCAAAGUGAAAUUAUGGAGGACUAUUUUUGUAUCUUUUUAUUGAAAAAUAACCUUAUCAUCAUUUCCUUUUUUCUUCUUACAUUCAACAAGCUCUUAAAGUCACACAUCUAAACCACAGGUCCUCAGUAAUCAAGAAGUAUUCAGACACAUUUCAGAAUGUUUUAACCUCCUUAUACAGAGAGUGUGAAUAAACAGGUGUAUUGUCUUUUUAAUAGGACAGUUUUAGUUCAAUACCCAUGGGGAGGGGGGCUCCUCAUGCCCAUCAGUCACAUUCUCAUUCUGUUUAAAAGAGUCAAAUAAACCAAAGUCAAAGGAAAUGCUGUCAAAAGAAGGGUGUAAUGUUUCAGUUUCUAGAAACAGGCUCUUUCUUAUGGUGUUUUUCCAUGUAAGUUUAACAAGAAAUAGCCUUUGUAAUAAUCUAUACUGCCCUCUUCUGGUUAAAGAAGUGUCUUACGUUUUCUGUUCUAUCCAAAUGCCAGAAUUCUGUUCUUUUGGUUUUUGGUUGUGUGUGUUCAUGUCAACAAUUAAAUGUUUUUAAUUUAUGCAUCUUAUAUCCCUGAUCAUUUUUUCACAUGUGAUUCAAGGAGCACUUCUUGAGCUUGUGGGACCAAAUGUCAUUUUGUCUGUCUGUUGAUCUGUAGAGCAACAAGGUUGAAGUCUAAUUUUGGGUUGUCUUACCUCCAUGUUCAUUUCAGUCUUUACAGCCAUAUCAAAUGUUCAGAAUAAAGAUGGAAAAGGUUAGUAUGUCCGGCUGACUAAAAAAAACCAAAUGAGUGAAACAUUUCUAUUUGUGGCCUUCUCUGGUGAUCAAGUGCCUUAACAUUUCCACUGAUAUCUUUGCUAUGUAAUUGUAGAUUAAGUUUGUAAACAUAUUUUUUCUAUGAAAGAGUUCAGAAUAUGUUGUAAAAAGUUGCCAUGAGGAGAAAAUGAAGCAAUUAGGUAAUGUACCGUUUAAGAAUUGUGUUUUACAUGAAUUGUUUCAAUAAAGUCUUUCUUUGCACUGCA